AUGGCGGACCCUCUAAGUUUGCUGCGACAGUAUAAUGUUAAUAAAAAAGAAAUAAUAGAACGAGAUAACCAAAUAAUAUUUGGCGAAUUUUCAUGGCCAAAGAAUGUCAAGACAAAUUACUUUAUGUGGGGGUCUGGAAAAGAGGGAGCUGAAAAGGAAUACUAUACUCUGGAAUGUCUUCUAUUUAUUUUAAAGAAUAUUCAAAUAACUCACCCGAUUUACGUAAAACAGGCAGCUGCAGCCAAUAUCCCUCCUGUACGUCGUCCGGACCGGAAGGAAUUACUUGCAUAUUUAAAUGGUGAAACUGCCACAUGUUCAUCUAUAGAUAAGAGUGCACCUUUGGAAAUUCCAACACAGGUUAAACGCACACAUGAGCAUGAUGGGGGAGAAUCAGCUGCAAAGAAGCCUCGAAUUGAGGAGAUCCAUGUUCAAAAAGUCCGGGAGCAGCUCGCUGCACGUCUGGAUGCACCUAAAGAAGCCUCUGUCACAGUUGACAAUAUUAAGUCUCUGUCUGAGGCUAUGUCAGUUGAGAAGAUAGCAGCCAUCAAAGCUAAACGUCUAGCUAAGAAGAGGACAACAAUCAAAAGUAAUGACUAUACCGAUGCACUUGGUGUGGUGGGAUCUGACCUGCGAGCUAUUUUAGACUAUGAUGUCGAUCUCACUAAGGACAUAAUUAGUCGAGAAAGGCAAUGGAGAACAAGGACAACAGUAUUACAGAGCAAUGGAAAGACAUUUUCAAAAAGCAUCAAUGCUCUACUCGGAAGUAUAAAAGCUCGGGAGGAGGGCAGGUCUGGUGUGCCCAGACCACAGCCUGUGGUGAUGCCUCAACCAAAUUCGAUACCUGCACAGCAGACUCAGUAUAACAGAUAUGACCAGGAAAGAUUUAUUAGGCAAAAGGAAGAAACGGAGGGCUUCAAAAUUGAUACUAUGGGGACCUACCAUGGUAUGACUCUCAAGUCGGUGACAGAAGGACCAAGUGUUCCUGUGGCGGCCAGAGCGCCUCCUACACCUAAUCACCCGAGGCAGAUGCCACAAAGUGGACCCAUGCCUGCUACACCAAUUCGUAAAGAACUCCUUCCCGUAGCAGCUGCGCGCACGCCUCUAGGUGGCAGCAAGAGACCAUCACGAACGCCCAUCAUCAUCAUACCAGCAGCGACUACAUCGCUCAUAUCCAUGUUCAAUGUGAAAGACAUGCUACAAGACCUUAAAUUCGUUUCUGUGGAGCAAAAGAAGGCAGAGGGUGUGUCACGCGAAAAUGAAGUACUACUGCAAAGAAGAAAGGGACCCACAGGCGAUGUACCUAAUAAUGCGACAACUAUGACUGUACCAUAUAGAGUGGUGGACAAUCCUAGUCGGCUCACCGCUGCCGAGUGGGACAGAGUUGUAGCUGUGUUUGUGCAAGGUCCGGCUUGGCAGUUCAAAGGCUGGCCAUGGGAUGGAAAUCCUGUUCAGAUAUUUGCUAAUAUAUGCGCUUUCCAUCUGAAAUAUGACGAAAUGAAACUGGACGCGAAUGUGGCGCGCUGGGCGGUCACGGUGCUCAACUUGAGCCGCACUAAACGCCAUCUCGACCGUGCUGUUAUGCUCGGCUUCUGGGAAACACUUGACAAGCACAUGAUGAAGAAUAAACCGCACCUUAGGUUUUAG